AUGUCAAAACCUAAAGUUCCAUCCUUAUCUUGGGUUGAUUGGAAGCAAACUCUUCAUGGCUUUUGGCCAGGAAAACCCAAAUUCACAGAAGAUCAGUAUCCAAGCUUAAAAGGAAAGGUUGUUCUUGUAACUGGUGCUAAUUCGGGUGUCGGUUAUGAAACGAUUAAAUCCUUAGCAGGAUCCACUAAAGCUAAGAUCUAUGCUUUCUGUCGAAAUGAACAGAAAGCCACCGAAGCAUUCAAGAAACUUAAGGUCGAACUUGAGAAAGAAUAUAAAGUUGUAAACAGAGAAAUUCAUUUUAUUCAAUGUGACUUGGGAGACUUAACUGCUAUCAAGCCUGCUGUCGAGGAGUUCCUUAGUAAAGAAAGUCGCCUUGAUAUUAUUAUUCACAAUGCCGGGGUAAUGAUGCCACCUCCAGGAAGCAAGACAAAGCAAGGAUUUGAGUUGCAAUUGGGUACUAAUGUCUUAGGACCACAUCUUUUACAGAGACUUUUAGAUCCUAUUUUCAUUGAAACUUCUCAAAAAAAUAAUAAGGGGGAAUCGAGAAUUGUGUGGGUUUCAUCUACUGCUCACCUUAUGGCUCCGUUGGGUGGAUUGUAUUGGGAAGAUUUGAAUUUUGAAACCACAAAGAAAUAUAGCAUGCGCACUAAAGCCAUGAUAUACGGUCAAAGCAAAGCAGGAAAUAUUAUUCAAGCAAGGACUUGGCCAAUGAAGCACGACGCGCCGAACGUUAUUAGUUCGUCUCUUUGUCCUGGUUAUUUAAGUACCGGCCUUCAAAGAUAUGCCAGUCGUUCGGAAAAAUUCAUUUACAAGUAUUUGCUUCAUAACCAAAGGUAUGGCGCCUACACUGAAUUGUUUGCAGCUUUGUCUCCAGAUGUUAAAAAUCGUUCCCAUAGUAUUUCCUUUGGUUCUCCAUCGCACGUAAGAAAAGAUUUGGAAGAUGAAGAAGCCAAUGAAAAAGCUUGGAACUUUUUCAAUAAAGUCACUGACAAUUAUUUGUAG